UCCUCAUGGUUCUAUUUUAGAACAGCACUGGUCCCUACACCACCAGCACUCCCACUGGAGGAGUUAACAGAUAUACCUACUAAUCAAUCUACUAUGCUCUCUGUCCGUCUCUCUUCCUUUCUCUCUCUCUCUCUCUCUCUCUCUCUCUCUCUCUCUCUCUCUCUCUCUCUCAAGUAUAACUCCUGGCGGUUGGUUGUGAGUGUAUGUGACCUCUCCCCUCUGACCUUUGACCUCCGUCUUCCUGUGACCCCUCAGCAUGGCCCUGGAGAAGCUGCUAGGCUUUGGGAAGCAGCUGCUGCGUGUCAAGGUUGUGGACUGUAACAGUGAAGAUUCCCGUCUGUCCCGAUGCCUCAACACCUUCGACCUGGUGGCUUUGGGGGUGGGCAGUACUCUGGGAGCUGGGGUCUACGUCCUGGCUGGGGCCGUGGCCAGAGAGAAUGCAGGUCCUGCCAUUGUCUUGUCCUUCUUCAUCGCAGCUCUGGCCUCUGUGAUGGCUGGUCUGUGUUAUGCUGAGUUUGGGGCCCGCGUCCCCAAGACGGGCUCAGCCUACCUGUACAGCUAUGUCACAGUGGGAGAACUCUGGGCCUUCAUCACGGGAUGGAACCUCAUCCUCUCUUACGUUAUCGGUACCUCCAGUGUAGCACGGGCAUGGAGCGCUACGUUUGAUGAGUUGACAGGGAAACAUAUAGAGGCGUUCUGCAGACAGUACAUGACCAUGAAAGCACCUGGGAUACUGGCAGAGUACCCUGACAUGUUCGCUGUGCUCAUCAUCAUCACCCUCACAGGUCUGUUGUCGUUUGGAGUGAAGGAGUCAGCUGUUGUCAACAAGGUGUUUACGUGUAUCAACGUCCUGGUGUUGUUAUUUAUGAUGGUCUCUGGACUGGUCAAAGGAACCCUGAAGAACUGGCACCUGGACCCUGAUGUCAUCUUACACAACAACUCCAGUCAAAACAUGACAGAACCCUUGCUGUCGGCGGAGAGUCUAGGAGUGGGCGGGUUCAUGCCUUUUGGCUUCACCGGUGUCCUAUCAGGCGCUGCCACCUGUUUCUACGCCUUCGUGGGAUUCGACUGUAUCGCCACGACAGGUGAGGAGGUGAAGAACCCUCAGAAGGCCAUCCCCAUAGGCAUCGUGUCGUCUCUCCUCAUCUGCUUCGUGGCCUACUUCGGAGUGUCUGCUGCUCUCACCAUGAUGAUGCCCUACUACCUCCUAGACAACAACAGUCCUCUGCCCGCAGCCUUUAAAUAUGUAGGCUGGGAGGGAGCCACUUACGCUGUGGCUGUAGGGUCACUGUGUGCUCUGUCCUCCAGUCUCCUGGGCUCGAUGUUCCCUCUCCCUCGUAUAAUAUUUGCCAUGUCUCGCGACGGCCUCAUCUUCUCCUUCUUGGCCCGCAUCAGUGAGAGGAAGACACCCAUCAUGUCCACCAUGGCUGCUGGAGUCAUGUCUGCUAUCAUGGCUUUUCUGUUUGACCUGAAGGACCUUGUAGAUCUGAUGUCUAUUGGUACUCUACUGGCCUACACCCUGGUGGCAGCCUGCGUUCUGGUACUCAGGUACCAACCAGAGCAUCCCAGCUCCUUGGCCUAUCAGAUGGCCAGUACCGUGGAGGAGAUGGAGCUAAGUGAUGGUAUCUCCGCCCCUAGUAUGGGCAUCCUGCCUGGUGUGAAGGAGCACUUCAGCAUGAAGACUGUCCUGUUCCCUGACAACACUGAACCCUCAGCCCUGUCCGGCUUCACUGUCAACAUCACUGUCAGCCUCAUGGGCCUUCUGAUCCUGGUGUUCAGUAUACUAGCAGUACAGGGUGGAUUUGCAGUGUGGAACAUCGUAGCUCUGACCGUCAUCUUCAUGGUGUGUGUUCUCCUCACCUUUAUAAUCUGGAGACAACCAGAGAGCAAGACCAAGCUGUCCUUUAAGGUGCCCCUGUUGCCGUUCAUCCCAGUGGUCAGCAUGUUUGUCAACGUCUACCUGAUGAUGCAACUGGACAGAGGCACGUGGAUACGCUUCGCUGUCUGGAUGGCUAUAGGGUUUGUGAUCUACUUUGGCUACGGGAUCCACCACAGUGCUGAGGCGGCUCUGGACCGCUCCUCUCCUGGGUCUGAUGUAGAGCUGAACGGCUACAUAGCCAGCCACUCAAACAACAUGGAGCCCAUGUCUCCUGAGAAAGAGGCGUUUCUACAUAAUGGUCUGGAGGCCCGGGGAGAGGAGGACCGAGACCUGUAGAGUGCUGGGACCCAGCUGACAACUGCCACAGCCUGCCCUGACCACCCUACAUACCACACCUUAUCACGCCCCUUUGGAACUUUUGUCUGUCUGGUACCUUUAUCAAACAGGAUAGAACCCUAUUGGAAUGAACCGUCUCAUUUUUGGAUGUACCAUGCCGUUUUUUAACAGGGUCCUGGAUUUAGACUUUAGUCUAACAUCUCACAGUGGCACAUGUAGCUUCUCGCAGGUGUUCCUGGGAAGUACAAUUCUAAUGCAGAAAAUAAAGGAGUAGAGAAAAAGAAGGAAGAGAGGAUAGACUGCUGUUUGUUCCUGAGGGUGUAUUGUGAGCUCACAUGGGGUUUCCUACUACAGACAGGAGAACCAUAUCAACCUAGAGAAACUGAGCAGACAUCUUGGAUCUUGUCCUCCUCCAUUUUAGGGAGAGUGUGGGUUGAUGUGAAGGGAGUGGGGUAGUGUAAUGUUGCUGUUGAGGACUGAGUUUGAUUGGACCCACUGGUUGAAUCAACGUUGUUUCCAAAUCAUUUAAAUUAAGUUACGUUGAACUAACGCUGAAUAGACGUCGAAUUGACGUCUGUGUGCAGCGAGGAUACUCAACUAGCUAGCACACGGUACUCUCACAGCUCAGGAAGGACUAUCUGUUGGUUCACAUCCUAAUGGAUUAGUUAGGGUUAAGGUUGUGCAUUAGAGUUGUGCAUUAAGCCUGUCACUCCAGAGAUGUCAGAAAACAUCACGAGUCACUCAGAUGACUUUUGUAACUGAGUGACUUAGAUGUAGCCAUGGAAACUCUGUUGGGUAAUCUUCAAGAUAAUCACACUGUUUGAUGAGGCAAAUCUAUACUCUCAACAUUUUCAGAUGAUUGUCAACCUGUCUAGAAGGGUAAACACCAGACAUGGUGUUGUCACGCCUUGGUCAUUGUAUUUUGUGUUUUCGUUAUAUAUUUGUUCAGGCCAGGGUGUGACAUGGGUUUAUUGUGUUGUCGUAUUGGGGUUUUUGUAGGCAUUGGGAUUGUGGUUGAUUAGGGGUGUGUCUAGUUUAGGCUUGGCUGCCUGAGACGGUUCUCAAUCAGAGUCAGGUGAUUCUCGUUGUCUCUGGUUGGGAACCGUAUUUAGGUAGCCUGGGUUUCACUUUGUAUUUCGUGGGUGAUUGUUCCUGUCUCUGUGUAGUGUUCACCAGAUAGGCUGUAAUAGGUUUCACGUUCCGUUUGUUGUUUUUUGUAUUUA